GUAAGAAAACUUCCUUUUGUGAUUUUCUUUGUAAAUUGCAUAAUUAGGACGUUAAAUAUGAAUCGAACAUUUUCCUGGAAUGUUAGUCCAACUAUGAAUCUCUGUAGUUAUUCUGCACUUGCAUGCAAAAUGACUUCAAAGAAUUUUUAAAGAAAUCAUGCUGCCAACCAAGGCAGUGAAACUACUGCAAAUAGCUUCUAUUUGGACUUUAGUUAGUGGAGAUCAUGAAUUUAGUAUACCAGAGGGAUGUAAAGAAAAAAAUACCAAAUAUCCAUUGUCUUCAGUGAACUGGUCUUGUUUUGUUUUUAAUUGGAAUAAAAUGUCAUGCUGGUUUGACAUAAAAAAAUUAUUCCCGCAUAAAAUAGACCCCGGAGAAAGUUACAACAUUACAGUGUUUUACAAUAUCAAUUAUCUUUUUCCCGUUUAUUUUACCGAAGUAUCACUAAGCGACAGAUGUUUGCGGAAAAUAGACUUCGCUGGUGAAGUCGGAGACGCGAUUUUCAAUUUCACACUGAAGUCUUCUCAUUUAAAAGAAUCACUGACCAGAGUGAUUCAAUUUGACAACAAACAAGUUGUAAAACCGGACAAAAUUAAAGGCCUGCAGCUAUAUCGAACUAAAUCAACAAUUUACUUAAAAUGGAGAUGUCCAUCCACGCAUGAAGGAAUGGAAUUUAGAAUACGUUACAGAUCAGAGUAUGAAAAGAACAAAAAUGUGAAGGACUGGCAGGAAAGAACGUACAUAUGGAUUAUGAACUACUCAGACUAUAUAUUUCAUUUUUAUAACGACUCUUUACCAAGCAACUGUAGCAUUACUUUGACAAAUUUGACAGCGUUUACAUCCUAUGAUUUUAUCAUUGAUGUCAUUCCAAGGAAUUGGACCCGAUCUGGAUUUUGGAGUGAUGCUUUCACUAUCACAGUUAGAACAGAUGAUGACAUUCCACAGGCAGUGCCCGAAUUUUAUCCCGGAUAUUACUCAAGUGUCAACGAAUCGUAUAUUAAGAUAUACUGGAAACCUAUUCCUCGCUUAAAGAGAUGUGGGACUAUAACCAACUAUCGAGUGGCUAUUAAAACGUUAGAUGAUAAAGAAAGCAACAAGGAAAUACUAAUUCCACCCACAAACGUAUCUUCAAACAUUUUGAUUGAUCAUAAUCAAAUCAAUCGUAUAGAAUUAACACAGAUGAAUAGAAAAGGCUAUCCCAACAUCUCCGAUGCUCACAUUUUUGUCUUUCCUGAUUAUUCUCGUCCAAAAUUACCAAGAAAAUUUAAGGUACAGACGCUGAACACUACUUCGAUCUUAUUAACUUGGGAAAUAUCAGAAACUGAUAACAGACCGUUUAAAGAAUUGUCCACCGUAACUGUUGUGUGGUGUAAUGGAACUUUACCAAACAUUUGUUUUGAACCAAUUGCUUCCCUGAUCUUUCCAUUGCAUAUCGAAAGCAUAAAUACGUCCACUGUCAUAAUGUUAGGCAUAGGGAAUUAUUCUGAAUACAUAUAUGGACUGUCUCUAGAAGCAGAAACAAAAGAGGGACUGUUAAUUAGCAGUGGGAUACAUUGGUUCGAGGACUGUAUUUACCACAUGAAUGGAGGACCCGCAAUUAGACCAGUAAUUGAAAGAAUAUUACCAUACAAUCAUAACACCGUGUUAGUUCAGUGGAAACCUUAUAAUUGUCAACAAAGCGGAGCAGUUAUUGGGUCCUAUUUAAUUCGAUUUUGUGAAACAAAGGGGAAAGUCUGCACAGGACCUUACCAAACUAGAAAUUCAUCAACAGAUAAGCUUUCUUACGUUUUGUCGGACUUGCUCAAUGGACAUUGCUACAGUAUAGAGGUUGGAACGGAGCACAAGUAUGAGAAAACCAAUGGUCCGUGGAGUGAACCUGUUCACUAUGAUGUUCCCGAAUUUCAAGGUUUCCAACAAAUUGGUAUCGUAGCUGGUUCAGUAACAGCUGGCGUUGUUGCUUUCGUUGUUCUCAUCAUUAUUGGAGUAAGAUUAUUAAGACAUAAAUGUAAGAAGGUCGAUGCAGAGACUAGAAUUGAUUAUACAGUUAGAAUAAUUAAGAGACCAAAUGCGACCGAAUCUGAGUGUUUGCUGGAAAAAAAGAAAACCUUUGGUGACAGUGGUUUUGAUGGGUCAAAUGACUCACGAUAUAACGAUGCCGAUGAUUCUAAUGUGACUAGACUAUAUAAUCUUAAUAACGAUGAGGCAAGUUCAGUGUUAGACGGAUUCGUGAUAGAUGAAUUAAAAGAGCAGAUAUAUAGCAGUGAGCACAAUAACCCUUCAAAUAUACUUCCUUCUGAUAGUGAUAUGAAUGACGGAACCUACAGAGAAUUUAUAACGCAUAGCUCUGAUGACGAUUCUGAUACGUCAUCUACAGAAACUGACAAGGAGAUAUUCGAAGUGUCUGGUGACGGACAGCAAAUACAGCAUGAAAUAAAAGCCAUUCCAGACGUUUUACUUCCUCAUUCAUCCUUAAAUGAUAGAUCGAGUUUGGAAGGGACACGUUUAACAAUUGAUUCAUAUUGCAAAGGUUACCAGAUCACUAAUGAAAAUGAAUGCAUCGAACCUGGCUGUGAAAAGACAUAAGAACAGUAUUUGACAGGACUGCUACUGAGUAAUUAAAGAAAUAGAAUGAAGGAAAACAAAAGGAGUAUAAAUUUGAAUGGCAAUUAUCUGAAUAUUGUUGCAAACAAUAAACUCCCCUUAUAGAAACUAAUUCAAUUCAUUAUUGUCUAUACAGUUUUGAUUAUGGGCAGAGAUAUUUACAUGUAUUUUCUGUAAAUAACGAAUAUAAUAGUUUGAUAAAAAAAACUUGCACCAAAGAUAAAUGGGAUUUGCGAGAUGACAUUCACAUUACAAAAGCUACAUCCGGGCUUCAUUCAUCAUUUAUUCAUAAAUAGGUUUUCACACUAUUAAGUUUUACUGAUGUUCAGGCCGCGGAGAUAUUUUCAAAUAAUAUGAUAACUUUCUUUCUAAUCCAAUAUGUUGCUUUAAUGUUAUAAAAAAAAAAUAUUACAAAAUGUAGUUGAACUGUUA